CAUGGCGGACGAUAUAUUGUCGGUGUAACGACAGUUGUACCGAAAUUACGACCUGAAAUGUGAUGUUUUGUGAGCAGUUAUUACGGAAGGCAAAUGAGCGCAAGGCUGAGAUUAUUGAGGGCCGUGGUGACCCAUGGGUCACUCGGCAGCAGUUGAGGGAGCUGUACCAGCAGCUCUUGGUGACAGACUUGGAGUUCGCCCUGGACAAGAAAGUGGAACAGGACCUGUGGAACCAUGCUUUUAAGAAUCAGAUAUCAGCUUUGCAGCGCAAGGCCAAGGACAAAAUGAAUCCAAAACGAAGUGAAGUCCAAGCUAUGCUGACUCUGUUCUUAGACAGUGGUAGUGGUUUUUAUCUACAGCUCCUGCAGGAGGUGUGUUGUUCCUUCAAACUGGACAUCCCGUGCUGUGUGAGGGCACCGCGUCUCGGGAUGCAGUCCGACCAGAGAGUCCCGGUCAGUGGUGGCCAGCACAAAGUGGCCACGCCGGAGUGUUGCUCCAUCCUGUAUAUAUGCCAGCACUGCCUCGUGCACCUUGGAGACUUAGCUCGCUAUCGCAACGAGACCAACCAAUCAGAGAGCUACUACCUCCAGGCAGCUCACCUAGUCCCUUCCAACGGUCAGCCUUAUAACCAGCUGGCCAUCGUGGCAGCCUCCAAGGCUGACCAGCUUGCCAUGACCUUCUACUACAUCCGCAGUAUAGCGGUCAAGCACCCCUUCCCAGCCGCUGCCACCAACCUGCAGACAACGUUUUCUAAACUGGUGGAUAGAGAUGAGGUGAAACUCUUCAAGAUGAAGGAAAUAGAGCUGAUCCACUUCUUCAUUAAGUUUCAUGCCAUUAUUUACCUUGCCGUUGGGGACCAAGAUCUUCAGAUUGCAUCCGCCAUCAAGGAGAAGUUGGAGGAGAACUUCCGCAGCCAUCUGUCCCAGGAGACGCUGACAGCCCAGCAGCUCGUCCAGAUUGCCUCCAUCAAUCUCUUCGCCCUCUACUGCGUCUUCAUGAGGCAGCAGGAGACGGCGGAGGGCGGGGCUAUUACCACGGAGACAGUGAAAGGGAGUGGCGAGAUACAGGAGGGAUGUUACGCUGCUGAUGAGACUAGGAGCUGGAAUCUUGUGUUUGGUUUGACGAUGACUCUUCUGCAGCUCAUGCUGCAUUACACACCAGGCAAGUCAGAAGGCAAACCGCUGCAGUGGUGCGGACUACCAGCCGUCAAAGUCAUCCUUGAUUGGGUAGUGUACCAGCCGAGUCUCUUUCAAGACCCUUUCAUGUCCGCAAAAUCAGUGAUGUGGGGUAAACUGGCUAGGGUCUUGAACAGCAUUCAAUCAGAUGUUAAGAGCUUACCCAAGUACAGCAAAGUUCCGCUGCCUGAAGACGUCAGCUUGAACGAGUUCUUACCACUUCAAGAAAUUCACAGCUCUGUUGAGUUUACAGCAUUCAAUCAGCAGCCACUGACUGAAGAGACACAGCAGGCGGAACGAGCCACGAGACUUGUAGCCCACGGCAAAUGGGUCGCUCAGAAAUACCCUGAUCAUCUUAAGGCAGAACUGGCCAAUGAGGGCGCCGCAAAAGUCACCUUCACCAGUCAGAGCGGCGAGGAGCAAACGCGAAGGCAGCACCACCAGAAGCAAAAACAGCCAAAGACUCCCUCACAGCAGCAGCAGCAGCAGCAGCGACAGAACAAGCACCAGCAGAGCACCAUCUCUGUCGGGCACGGUGGACAGAGGGCUAAGAAGGUGCAGGUCAGGGAGGGUCCUCAGAAGCGAGACAGCAGCACGGAGCCAGCGAUCGGGGAGAGGGAGAGAGGGGUCAAGAGUAGCGGAGCUCCGAAAGGGAACGAUGGAAACACGGAGAAUAAGACACACAGUGUUGCUAUUCAGGCUAUUCUACCAAGACCAAGUCAGACUAGCAGCACUGAAACCACAACCCGAUCAACAGAGCCUAUUCCCAUACCUGUGAAUUCUCGUAGCUUAGCAGCGGACGGCAAAGGACCCCAAGACCAUACUCCAGUCCACUCUCCUGCCCAAACACAAGGCAGACAACACCCCUAUCAAUCCCCGACGCACUCCCCGAGCAGUGGCUUCAGACACCCAGUUGGUCAACCCAUGAGGCAUCACCCUCCGCCUUCCUGGCCCAAUCACCCCCAGUACCCACCACAUGGACCCCCACACCCACACUCUUAUCCACGAGGGCACCCUCCAACCCAUCAGCAAGGCCCACGUCCGCCUCAUCAGGGCGGACCUCCCCCUCAUCUCCAACAAGGCCUGCCACCAUCUCAUCAACAAGGUCCUUCUCAAGGAGCUACUCCUCAUCAUCCUCCACCGGCUCACCCGCAAGGCCCCCCUCCAAGCCUACCCUCAGGGCCCCAUCAGCAGGGUAUGCCACCCCAUAUUCAUCCCCCUCAAGGGCCUCGCCCUAAUUUCCCCGGGGCACCCAUUCGUCAGAGACCCGGGUACCCUCCAGGAGAGAUCACUCCUCCUAUGUGGCAGCAGAAGCACGACGGACCAUCUGGCUACGAGUUUGGCCACCAGCAACCCCCGCAUGCAUCCCAGUCCCACCCUCCAGGCAAGACGGGGAUGUGGCCAACAGGACCUACUCCCAGCAGCACUGCAGAUGCCUCUCGAGCAUCUCAGGGGUGGGGAGGGGGAAACCAAAUCCCAAGUCAAAACCGCGGUCAAACAGGGAGGCAAAACCCCAUCCACAUGGGCGGCAGAGAUGGCAGUCAAAUUCAACAGCAGCCGUAUAUUCAUCUGGAUCAAGCUAUGCCACCCCACUUGGGAAUCCAGAAAGACCAGGAGAUACAAGAGCAUGGCUCUGGUGCGAAGAUGGACCCCUUCCAGAUGCAGAAACAGCAACAGGAGCACUCCGCACAGCAAGCUUUACAGAAGUCCUUCCCCCCUCCUCCAAACCAACCCCAUCAAGACAUGGAGUUGACCCUGGAAUCCAUGAAGAUGGCCCAGCAGCUGAUGAGCCAGAACACAUUAAGUCAGAACAUCUUAGAUCUCCUGUCGACACUAAACAAACAGAUCCAGCAGUCGUCAGAAAUCCCUGCAGACGCAAGCUCCAGCAUGCAGUCCUUCCUGGAGCAGCAGAUUGGCUCCGGUAACACCUUAGACACGCAGAGUCUAGCUCUACUAUCCCAACUCGCCCAGCAGAGUGCAUCCAUCCCAGAUACACCCAGUCAAAGGUUUUUAGGCUCCAGCCUGAACAAAGAGCAGUUUGCUGCUCGGAAGCAGCCAAGCCCCGUCCAGAAACCUUUUCAGAGCUCUUUCCCCGGCUCCCGGAACUUCAGUGCCCAGGAUCAACCCUCGCCCAGAUUCGUAGGAGAUGAAAACCACCCCUAUCGCAGCCCACAGCACAUCGCAUACCCUCAGCUCUCCCCGGAACACAAGACCCAGGUCUACCCGAGCAGCUUCGAAGAGCAGACUAGCUUGUUCAGGAGUAGUCCUAGCCAACUCCAGCAGCAGCAGCAGCAGCGAAUCCAGCCAGAUUGGAGUAUCGACGAUGGAUCUGACGGGCGAGGGACGCCAACGUCACCCCCGACACUCUUCCCGACCAAUGAGGAAGUCAGUAAGAUGAAGAAUGUACCGGGGUUCUCCACGUGGCCAGAUCAGUUCUCAGUGUGCCCGAUGGACGACUACCAACCGCAAAGAACGAGGGAGGUGCCUAAGCUACUGAGUCCAGCAUCCUCUAAUAGUAGUCUUGGUUUGGCAUCGACUCCCUCCUCCCAGCCUUCUCUUCAGACCACGCCCACAUUUCUUGGUCCCCAAGGAUACGGCUCGACCCCGUCCAACAACAGACGGUACGACAACGGAGGGAGUGGUCUGUUUUCGGACUCCUCAGAGCGUAAGAGCAGCCUGGAGGACAGCACACUGGCCUCGUCAUCGGGCUAUUCCUUAUUCAGCUACUCUUCACCAUGGGCUGGAGGCAGCAAAGAAGGAGGACACAAUCUGACUCCUUCCCCGUUCUCCAGCUCUCCCAGCUCGCCCCGUUCUCAGUCUCCGAGUGUCCAAGGUGGGCAGAUGAUGUCUAAGAACCUCGGGGGUCUGGGAGGAGGCCUUGGGUGGGGCGGUGAGCGUGGGGCGACUGCCUGGAGUAACCCCGCCCUGGGCAAUCAGCUAUCCAGCUCGCCAACGAGCGGUCUGCUUCCAGAUUCUAUUCAGUCAAUCUGGGCCACUCCUCUAGGAAGCUCCUCCUCCCACAAGCCAUCCCCUCUGGAGGAAUUGCUGAAGCGCCAGCAGAUGACCGAUCAAAGGUGAAGGAAACCAACAGAGGACUCCAAAG